AUGAAUCAUCAGUCUCAUCUAACAAAAGCGAGUUCGACAACAAGUUCAGUAGGAUCAACGGGUGAGCAUACGCCUUCGAUGGGGAACACAGAAAAAAUGCUUCUUCUACAUGGCGGUUUAUCUCAAGAGGCAACAACACCUUGUGUACUAAAUACACCGAAUACAUGUACAAAGAAUUCCACAUUUUUUUAUGAAAUUCCAAAUUCUAUGCAUACAACAACCUUAUCGGAGGCGCAAACGCCAUCAGUUCAAGUACUUUCUCAAACUUCAAUAUCGACUGAAAUUGAGAAUCGUUCAAACAAUCAAUUAUCAUCAACUUUAGCUAGUAAUAAUUUAUCAAUAAAAAGACGUGUUGAUGCAUCAGCAUCAUCAUCAUCAUCGUCGUCGUCAACCACCACCACAAGUACCGACGAUAAAGCAGCGAUGCAAUUACCACGUAGUUUAAUCAGCGAAAAUAAAUCGAUUCCCUUAAAUUUUCAAAUACAAUCUAUUUCACAUAUAAAAACAUCGCCGUCAAAUUCCUUAUCAAUACAAUCAUCUAUUGAAAAUACAAAUGAUACCAAUAAUAAUAAUAAUAGUGCUCUUAAUACACCGAAUGUAAACGAUCAACUUCAUACAUUGUUAACAUCAAAUCCAGUUGGUACUGAAUAUACAAUUGACGCAUCGAAUACAACACCACCACCGACAACAUCGUCGUCAUUGUCGUCCUCAACAACAAAUAAAUCAGCAAUGAAUUAUGUUGAACAACCUCAUUAUGUUCCCUAUGGAACAUCAACAACGCAAUCAGCACUUCCUUCCUAUCACGAUUCUGUUGUUAAAUCAUCGCCGCAAUCAAAUAGUUUCAUGCCAACAAUCAGUUUAAAUGGCACAGAUUGGACAAAUCGAUCAAAUAAUUUUUCCUUUCAACCGUCGCCGUCCUCCUCUUCAUCAUCGUGUAUUAAAGAUGAGCCGCAAGAUUAUCCGAUGGUCAAUGGUAAUGUUCAAGCAAAUCAUUUUGCUAAACCAAAAACUUACACAAAUCGCCCAUCGAAAAUUCCAUUGCAUGAACGACCAUUUUCAUGUCCUGUUGAAAAUUGUCCACGAAGAUUUUCACGGUCCGAUGAAUUAACAAGACAUAUUCGUAUUCAUACAGGUGAUAAGCCAUUUCAAUGUAAAAUUUGUGCACGAGCAUUUUCAAGGUCGGAUCAUUUAACAACCCAUAUUCGAACACAUACCGGAGAAAAACCAUUUUCAUGUGAUACAUGUGGCCGUCGUUUUGCUCGAUCCGAUGAACGUAAACGUCAUGGCAAAGUCCAUCAAAAACUGCGCAAUGCAAAUCUAAUACAUCAUCCAUCGCAGCAGCUUACAUCAUUAUCGAUUUUAACAAAUAAUCUAUUAACUAAUAUGAAGGAAGAUGAGAAUAACGAUGGUGAAGAUAGUUCAUCACAACAUAGUACUAAUGAUUCAAAUGAACAUCAACAACAAUUUCAAUUACAAACUCAUUUGCAUACUACUUGGUCAUGA